AUGUCGAAUGUCCUGCUUUUGCGAGCUGCCAGUCAAGACAGUCCAGAUCGAUAUGAGGAUGCUUUCAGGUCUCGCGGAUACCAUCCAAUAUCAGUUCCGGUACUAGAGACUAAUAUAGUCGGCCGCGAGGAGCUAGGACGCAGAUUGAGUACCGGUCUAGAGAAGCAGAGCCUUUCUGGAGUUAUAAUCACGAGCCAGCGAGCGGUUGAGGCAUGGUCCGAGGCGGCUCAAACAUUGAUCAUUGCCGAUAACAACACACCUCUCAAGCCUGAAUCUGACUGGUGGUCUGUGCCGUUCUAUGCAGUCGGAGAAGCUACAUCGGUUGCACUUCGUGAUCUUUCUGAUAAGAUACCUCUGUAUGCACCCAGAGAUAUUCGAGGUGGCUCGGAGACGGGAACUGCGGAACGCCUCGCGAGAUUCAUACUCAAGGAUCUUCCCUCGGAUGGGACAAGCAGGAAACUUCUCUACCUCACUGGAGAUAAAAAUCGUGACACGUUACCGAAGAUUCUGGAAUCGGCUGGUGUUGCUUUAGACCCACUCCAGGUCUAUGCCACACAAGGUUCAUCCAUGUUUCCUCACGAUUUAUCGCUUGCAUUGGCACCGGAGGGAUUAUCUUGGGGAUGGAUUGUCUACUUCGCCCCUUCAGUAGCUGAUUUCGUGACGCCAAUCCUGCGGGAUCACUUCGCCCUGCCUGCGUCUAAUUCUAGCACAGAGGAUUGUGCUCAACUUUCAGAACAUCAUCACGUCAAAGUUGCUGCGAUAGGACCUACUACGGAAUCCUUUCUCCGACAGACUUUGAAGUUGUCGGUGGCAGUAACCGCGAGAAAUCCCAAGCCGGAUGAUCUUGCCAACGAGGUCCUUCAACAUGAUGAGGCACAAUGACAUUCAUCACUCCAUGUAUACCUUUCAUCGCUUUGUCAAUACUGCAAAACAUGCUCAGUACAUAUGCCAACCUCGUUCACUUUUCACACAAUCACACGUCGGAACUGACAGACAUUACGGAAUGGAAAACUUUACGGAACCUUACGAUUCCGAAAAUAUUGUUGGGCACCAAUUUCAAUGCAAUUUACCCAAUCUCCAACACGCUGUCAACAGUCAACUUCUAACUACACGUCAUUCUUUUGCAUCACAUUCUUUACUCUACGUACUCCUGAGGCAACCUGAACAGCAGCGUAAAGCUGGUUCUUUCACUGUUACGACAUGAACUCUCCGCUGCUGCGACAGGAAUAUGGCGGGUCGUCGACCAGUUUGCUACCUCCCAGGGCACAGGGUCGCUCCAGGUCGUCGUCAAUAGUGAGUGAGUACGACACGGGAUUCGCAGGACCAAGCAGGUCUCCGAGUCCUUCAACGCAUGAA